AUGGCUCCCACCGCACCCACACACGAUUACUACGUUACCUUAGAGGUGCUACCAACCGCACUUCAUGACGAGAUCAAGGCAUCGUAUCGUCGUCUCGCACGAUUGCAUCAUCCAGACAAAAACAUCGGAUCUCAACACGCGACUGCGAAGACCCAGCUUAUUAAUGCAGCAUGGGAUAUACUAGGAGAUGUAGACAAGAGAGUCGAAUAUGAUCGGAGUCGACCACAGCCAAAGGCGCCAUCAUCUGGCAGUCGAUCUGGCCCUCAACCUACGUCCACCCAACAACCAAAGUAUCAAGCAUCCCAUCGCCCCGACACAACAGCUCAGGACGAAGCGCGUGCGCAAGCAGAAAGCGACAGAAAGCGACGAGAGUGGCUAGAAUUUGAGAGAUACCAUGAAGAGCAAAUCCGAUGGUGUCGGAAUACUAUCAAGCCCCUCGAUGCCGAAGUCGACCGCCUCAAUGCUACGAUUGAUGCUAAUCGCACAAGACUAGCGAACGACGAGAAGAGCGAGAUCAGGUUGGCCUCCAUCAAUGCGAACAACGCUAUCAGGAUCAAGCAGAUACCACUAGAUAAAGCCAAAGCACGACUGAAGCAGCUCGAAGAGCAACUGGCGCAGCGAAAGGCUCAAGAAGAGAAAUGGAUAGCGGCUGAGCAGGCUCGAAAGGCGAACAUGGAACGGCUUGCCAGAGAAAGAGCCUACGAUGCUCGACGCCAAGAGCAGGCAAGACAACAGGCUGAGCGGGACAAGGCUGCCCAAGAAGCGGCAGAGAGGUUUCGACAACAGCAAGCGGAGCAAGCAAGAAAAUCUGCAGAACGCGCGAGAAAGGAACGUGCAGCCCAGGAGGCAAGAUGGAAAGCCGACCAAGAAGAAGCAGAGCGCGUUGGUGGAACAAAGUUGAAGGUCAUCACACCUGUGCGCAUUGCACCCGACCACUAUUCAAGUUUGCAGAGCAGUGUCCCAGCUGCAACACCAUAG